UGCACGAGUCAUGGGCCUCCCGCGAGCGCUGGCCAAAAACAAGACGCUGCUCUAUGGAGUCCCGAUGAUGCUGCUUAUCAUUGGAGGUUCUUUUGGACUCCGUGAGUUUGCCCAGAUUCGCUAUGAUGCUUACAAGCUACACAGCAAGAUGGAUCCAGCUCUGGAAGAAAGAGUCAAAAAGAAUAAAGUGACACUGGAAUCUGAAUAUGAGAAAUUGAAAGACUCUAAUUUUGAUGACUGGAAGAACAUCAGAGGACCCCGUCCAUGGGAAGAGUCUAAGCCGCUCCAAGAACAACAGCGGUAGCAGCAGUAAAGACUUGGCUGGAAGUCAGCCUGACU